GUCAGAAGAUCUGAAAUUGAUGUAGAAUUUGAACGUAGCUAUUGUCAUCACGAAAGGGGUGGGGAGCAGAGUUCUAGGAUCAAGGUACCAUCGUUUGGGGAUCUGGGGCCAGCUGCAAUGCAGAUCUCGGCUAGCUACUCCAUGUCUUCUUUGGGAAUGCGAAGCAGGGACCUGUGCAAGGAGUCCUUCUACCUGUCCCCAAAGAAGAUCACGCAGAGGGUGCCAUUCCAAGGCACCAACACCCGAUGCUCGGCUGGGGACUCAACAAGUGAGCCCAGCAGGCGGCACAUUUUGAGCAGCGGGCUGGCAGUGGGUGGUGGCCUCUUGCUAGCUGCAAGGGGGCUGCCAGCCAUUGCAGUGGAUGCAGGCGCAGCAACGCAGGUCAACAAGCUCUUGUGUGAUGUGGAAUGUUUGGCAAAGCUGGACAGCAUAGAGGCGCAAGAGACCAAGUCUGGGCUGCGCUAUAAGGACAUUAUUGUCGGCAAAGGGCCCAGCCCUCCCACAGGCUACCAGGCAUGUUCAGUGACUCCUGUGACGGCGCAUUAUGUUGCAAUGACUCCCAAUGGGAGGGUGUUUGACAGCAGCUUGGACCGGGGUUUCCCAUAUGACAUCCGAGUUGGCGCCGGGCAGAUUGUGGCCGGGCUAGAUGAGGGCAUUGCCACGAUGAAGGUCGGGGGCUUGAGGCGACUCUACAUCCCUGGGAAUCUGUCAUUCCCAAAGGGGCUGGCUUCCGGGCCUGGGAGGCCACGCGUGCCGCCUGCUUCACCAGUUGUUUUUGACGUUCAGCUUCUGUACAUUCCCGGGCUUGACUCUGACGAGGAAUGAAGAUUAUAUCAGCUGUCGACGGUGGAGAGUGCAAUUUUGGACCUACUUAGAUGGGGAGCCUGGCAUUUUGAAAGUUCAUGCAUGGCCGGGGUUUGUUGAGAAGCCACAAGCUUGUGUGGCAUUCGUCUCUGAGAGCUGAAAGAUUUUCAUUGCAAUGCAAGAAACAAUCACAAGCUUGGUGCCUGACAAAUAAUAAUAUAGCGCAUACAUGCAGCAAUUAGAGAUGUUAUCUGAUUUCUCAGACGACCCAUGUGCAGUGAGCCAUCCUGCUAGGCAUCUGCUGAAUAUUGCUAGCAUUUUAUAGGAAUAUUCUGGAAGAUCCUAAAUGGUGGAUACAGACACACAUGGUGCACCCCAAAGCCACCCCACCUUCAGACCCGAUCUGAAUGUAAUUAGUGUACAUUGUCC